AUGUCUGCAUCUACUGCUACUCCAACUUCCACUUUGAUCUCUGCUUCAACAUCGAAUUCGUAAGUUUUUCUAUUUUUUAUAUUAAGUACUCAACAAUAUAUUUUGUUAAUUUCAGACUUCCUUCGAUGAAAUCACUUCUCGAUGCAUUGGAUUACACUUUUAAUCGAGCACGUCAAAUAAAUAAACAAUUACAAGAUGGAUCAAACUGUAAAGACAUUGAAAUCGACACCGAAGAUGACAAAAAAGCAUCUGAAAUCAUCAUCAAAUUUGGAGAAAAUGACGAUUUGUGGAACUUCAAAAUGACUACAGAAGAAUGGAAAGAAAUUGAGGAAUUAUUAGGAGAAGAUGAUGAAGAAAGUGAUGAAGACUUCGAAAAAUAUAUGGAUAGUAUUUUGAGAGAAACUGAUUCUGAGGAAUUGGACAAAUCUACAAAGUAA